AUGAGUUUCUAUAUCAGUCCACCUGAAAUCCAAACUUCAUCAUACAAACAUUUGGACACCAAUGGAAGAUCAAACAUCUCUGAGUCCUCACGGAUUAAUGACUUUGAUUCGGAUUCAAUGAUAUCGGGUGAAUCAACAAAAAGAACGACAACGCGCGCGGGAGACCCAUUUUCGAAUUCACAAUAUGUGGAUUACGAGAUAAAAUACGAUUUCAUGGAAAAUCAAGCCGGUCCUUCGAAUUAUCAAACUCAGACUCAGAAUCAGAAUCAAAUUCACAUGAACACGAACACGAACGUGAAUGUGAAUGUGAAUACGAAAACGAAUGGCAUACCUAGACCUAGUCCGUUAUCACUCUCACAGUUACAAUCGAAUGAACAUACAAGUAGUCUUAAUACCGGUAACAGUAUUAGUAGUAGUAGCAGCAAUAAAUUCAUCAUCAACUUUCAACAAAAAUCAAUAACCUUCCCAUCAAACAAUCUCAAUGGUAUUUCACCAGUGGGUGAUGAUAUCACAAGGGAAGAACAGGAAUUCAAAAUUAAAUCAAAAGAGUCUUUGACAAGUUACAAAUGUCGUUGGAAAAAUUCGAAUGGAAUCGGUGAUUGCUGUGAUGCUAUUUUAACAAAUCACGAUUUAUUAACCAAGCAUGUGAACAACCAUAUUCAACGAACGAUAUUGAAUGCACAUGAAACGCAUAAUGAUGAUAAUAUAUUCAAUCAACCGAGAUUUUCUUGUUCAUGGAAGAAUUGUAAAUAUGAUAAUCUAGCUUCCGAUCACUUGUAUCAACAUAUCAAGGUUGAUCAUCUAGAACCAGAUCUACGAUGUCCUUUCAAAGGAUGUAAUGAGAGAAUAUUCAAAGCAGGAUUGUCGAAUCAAGAUCAUAUCGAAGAUACAAAACGACAUCCCAAGCCUUGGUCAGAAAAUUCAUUCCGCUCAAGUGCUAAACCAACGAAAGACCACUCGCUACGAAAACGAUUACCAUCGAUGAAUCCAGAUUGGUCAGUCCCACCAUAUAUGUUAUCGACACCAUCAAUACUUCCUCGAGCUAGACAGAAAUCACCUUCCCCAUCACCGAUUUUUGCACCGUUGUUCUCGCCUUCACCAAUACCAGCUUAUCUGUUGAGCAGACCAAGACAAGGACAAGGACAGGGACAAGUAGAUACACCAAUACCACAUGAUGGUCCACCAAGAUUCCGUGAUUUCAAAAUUGGGAUUUUACCAAAUAGGAAUGAAGAUGAGAUACCUUUUUACCCGAAUUGUGGAGAAGCCAUUUCGUACGAUUCAUCUGGAACUCAUUCAAGUAGUAUUUUCCCUUCGACCGUACCUGAUCAUGACGAUGAAAGGGAAAAAGAUAAACAAGGUAAAUACAUAAUACCUUGUUCUUCAGAAGAUGGUGGGAUAGAAUUAAGGAUUCGAAAGAAGUUACCUAGUAAAAAUGGGAAAUUAGGUUUUGGAAGACCUAGAUUAGGUUAUCCUGCUGAUAUCUUUGAAGAUCAUCGUAAACAAAAACUAAUCUCUGAUAGAAAAGAGCAAAGAUCAAGGAAUAAAGGUAAAGGUAAACAACGAGAGGAAGAUCCAGUCAUAUCAGAUUCUAUCAAAAGGAUAGAAGAAGCAAAAAAACAAGCAAAAUACCAUCCUGAUAUAAUCAGGAAUGCGGCUUUGAGAUAUGCUACUAGGAAAACAAACAGACCGAUAGGUGUAGAAACGUGGAAACAAGUCAUUAGGUUUGAAAAUGAAGGAAGAGCCUUAGGCGAGAUGUGA